UCCAUUAAUACUUUGCUCACUAUUUCCUCUACAAAUAGAGGCUAAAUUAACUCAAGAAAAGAAACAUACUCCACUCUAUACCUUAUAUUUUCUUAAGAUUAGCAAAAAUCAUGGCAGAAGCAUCUAGUUUGGUGGGAAAGCUUGAGACAGAAGUGGAGAUCAAAGCCUCGGCUGAAAAGUUCCAUCACAUGUUUGCCGAGAAACCACACCAUGUCUCCAAAGCAACCCCAGGCAAAAUUCAUGGAUGUGAGCUGCACGAAGGCGACUGGGGCAAAGUCGGCUCUAUAGUCAUCUGGAAAUACGUUCAUGGCAAAUGGAAAGGUAGUAGAGGGAAGAAUCGGAUCGAGGCGGUUGAUACAGAGAAGAACCUGAUCACGUUCAAGGUUAUAGGAGGUGUGCUAAUGAAAGAGUACAAGAGCUUCGCAUUCACAAUCCAGGUGACCCCUAAGCAAGGAGGACCAGGGAGUAUUGUACACUGGCACCUUGAGUAUGAGAAAAUUAGCAACGAGGUGGCUCAUCCGGAAACUCUCCUCCAGUUCUGUGUCGAUAUCUCCAAAGAGAUCGACGAACAUCUCUUGUCCGAGGAAUAAAAAAUUACUCCUUUUGUAUGUGUGUGCGUGUGCGUGUCUUAAGCCCGUUUACAAUAAAUGAGACGUGACCAGCGAGGUUAUGAAGCAACGUGUAUCAAAGCUUAUGUAUGCUACGAUCCUCUGUGUGGGUUACUAAUAAAAGCAUAUAAUGUUUUAAUGUUUUAUCUUUUGGAAAUUAAUAUGCCUUUCUGCUACGAGUUUUGAAAAACUCGGAUUUCAAGUUUAUUUGUUAA